AGCGACAACAAGAACUCCGUCUCCGACUACAAGCAGGAUAUACUGAAUUUAUUCGACCUCUGUAGUUAGUGCUUGUGCUAGAGCUAGAUUUUGAUUUACUCACAAAAUAAAACAUCAGCAGCAAGCGCGCUUUCGCUUUCACCACGUGAAGACAGAAAAAAAGAUGCAAGCGUCCCACUUCGGCCAGAUGCAGGGUCUGCUCGACCCGGGGUACGUGCAGCAGGCGGAACAGGGCUUUAACAGUCUGUCCAAGAAAAUCAUGGUGCUCCUCACCCAGCGGAAACUUCCGAAGGAGCCCUGGACCGACCUCGAGAUCGAGAGCUUUCUCCGGCAAAUUUCCCUCAUGGACGCCAACAACGCGAACGGGAACGUUGGGGUAGGGGAGCGAGAGGGUCGCGUGUUUUCCCGACUCGUCCAGGAGCGGCACUUUGGCUUGACGCACGGCGUCGGCCGGUCCGGCGAUUUGGUGGCGCAACAGCCCAAAGCCGCCGGAAGCAGCUUACUGGCGAGUUUGUGCAAGUAUUUGGCGCUCGACGCGGUGCGACUCGCCGGCUUUAAAAACUGCAAAAACGCGCUCGUCGUGCCCCUCGCCACGGGCAUGACCAUGACGUUGUGCUUUCUCGCACUGCAGCAACGCGACACCACGAAGGACAGAAAAUUCGUGAUCUGGUCCCGGAUAUUAACUGCAAAAAUGUCUGGGUCUGGAAGGAUGCAAACUUGUGAUGCGCAUGUCCGAACACAGAAAAACCUCUCAUGCAUAGGUAGCAAAAAUUGCCCACUUUCUGUCACCAAAAUCAGGGAUUUGUCAUGCGGAUUCGGCAUUGCGAACGCUUCUCGAAACCUGUGAUGCUAGAGCUUCCAUUCCAGACCUUCUGGUUCUGCGUCAUGCAAAAACAGCAUGACUCUUCCAGACCCAGACAUAUUUGCAUUUGAUACCUGAUUGACCAGAAGAGCUGCUUCAAGGCGAUCAACACCAGCGGGCUGACGCCGAUCGUCGUGGAGCUGAUCAAAACGCCGAGCUAUCACAAGAAAAAGUGUUAACCUUAACGGUUUGUUUCACAGAUUGCAGUCAUGCAUCACAAAUGUCAAUGUAGCCCAAGAUGCAUGCUAUGCAUUACACAUUUCGGCAUGUUUUGUGAUGCAUUGUUGCAUCACAAAUUCCGUUAACGUUGAAACUUUUUGCUGUGAUACUCGCGGGGAUGGUCUCAUGACCGACGUGGCCGGGAUUGAACAAGCGAUAGAGGAUUUUGGCGCGGACAACAUCCUCUGCGUUUUCUGUACGGCCUCCACCUUCGCCCCCCGCGUGCCCGACAAAAUUGAGGAGGUCGCGAAAAUCUUAUCCACAGAAAAAAACCCAUCCACAUCCCUUUUUUGUAUGACAACAACAUGAUUUUCAUUUUAUACGUGUUUUGCAUGACAAAUUGGAUGUGGAUAGGUUUUUUUCUGUGGAUAAAUCUGCCAGAAGCACGACGUGGCGUUUCUGAUCAACAACGCAUACGGGCUCCAGUGCUCGCGGACGAUGCAGGCCAUCGAGCAGGCGUCUAGGACCGGCAGGGUCGAUGUAGUGGUGCAGAGCACAGACAAGAAUUUUAUGGUGCCGGUCGGCGGCGCCAUCGUGUGCGCGCCACAGGAAAGGCCGCCGGUCAUGAAGAGUGGUGGUGGUGGUGGUGGACCGCAAGUAGUAGAAGAUGUCAGUAAAAACGCUGGGGCGGGUGCAGCUUCAGCUAACAGCACGACUAGCAACCCACCUUCAACAGCAAACAAACUCUCCUUGCUCGACCAAAUUGCGCAGUGCUAUCCCGGACGCGCCUCGGGGGCACAAAUGGUCGAUUUAUUGAUCACGUUUCUUGCCAUGGGCUCCGACGGGCUGCAGAAUUUGUGGAAAACCCGGAAGACCGACUUUGAGUGGUUCAAAGAGGAACUGCAGAAGACGUGCGACCAGUUCAAGCUGCGAAUUUUGCACACGCCAGAAAACAAAAUCUCCAUCUGCGUCGAUUUGUCAGGUCUAGUCACUGCAACCGACGUCCCGGGAGGAGAUGGCGCGAUAGUCGCAGAAGCAGAGAAGAAGCGCAAGCAGGUCCUGAAUUCCAUCGGCGCGAAGUUGUUCAACCACCGAGUGAGCGGCCCGCGCGUCGUCGCCUGCCCGGUCGGCGCAAAAACCAUCGACGGUGUCCAGUUCAAAAAUUACGGGGCGCACUCCGAUACGUAUCCCUACCCCUACCUCGCGACUGCCGUGGCGAUCGGGGCGACCAGGGCGGAGUUGACGUGUUUCCUCCAGAGACUAGAAAAAACGUUGAAGGAGACCGUGACGAGUAGUUGUGUGCAACCUGGAAGUGACAAAACUACUAGCAAACAAGAAGACAAAAUUUAGAGCUUUCGGCCAAGAAGACGUCGCCGUCGGUCGAGGUCUAGCAUAAGCGACUGCUACAACAAAGAGCAUGCCACGACAAGAAAUGAAAAAUAGCGACGCCUCAUGAUCUAUCGCCAUAAAUAUCAAUCUUCAUGAGCACCACGGUGACAAUUUUUGGGCGAUAUGACGCUACUUACUGCUACUGGA